CCCGUCGGCGUCGACGACCCUCCGCAGUGUGCCGUCGGGCUGGGUGUCGAACGAUCGUCGGCGUCCGUGUCGACAUCGACGCCGAGUCGUCCGCCGUCGGGCGGACCAUGCUGUGAUGACAGCGGCCUUCAAAAACCGUCAGACUGGCUCGCAACGGGAUUCCUUCGAAGAAGUCGGCGAUGGACAAUAAGUCGGAGGGCGGCGGCGGCGGCGGCGGGGGCGGGGGCGGGGGCGGGGGCGGCACCUCCAACCGGCCUGCCAGCGCCGCCAGCCAGCGGGCCGGCGGACUCACCGUCGCCGCUCUGCGCAAGGCGCUGGCACCGCCGCCCCCCGAGCCGGCCACCAUCAUCCGCGUCAAGUCCAUGAACAAGCGGGUGGUCAUCAACGUGGGGGGUGUCCGCAACGAGGUACUCUGGUCAACCCUGGAGCGGCUGCCGCGCACACGGCUGGGGAAGCUGAAGGGCUGCAACACACACGAGGACAUCCUGACCGUGUGUGACGAGUACUCCCUGAUGGAGAACGAGUUCUUUUUCGACCGGCACCCGCGCUCGUUCUGCAGCAUCCUCAACUUCUACCGCACGGGAAAGCUGCACCUGGUGGAGGAGAUGUGUGUGAUCGCCUUCAGCGAGGACCUCGAGUACUGGGGCAUCGACGAACUGUACCUGGAGUCGUGCUGCCAGCACAAGUACCACACGCGCCGCGAGUAUGUCAACGAUGAGAUGAAGAAGGAGGCCGACUCGCUGGCGGCGGCCGAUACGGACCAGUUUGGUACAGGGAAGUUGGCCCAGUACCAGAAGUUCCUCUGGGACCUGAUGGAGAAGCCCACCACUUCUCUCGCCGCCCGGGUUCUCGCCAUUAUCUCUGUACUUUUCAUCGUAGUCUCAACCACAUCCCUAGUGCUCAACACAAUGCCUUCCCUGCAGCAGGAUGGGGAGGACAAUAAAGCCCUGUUCCAAGUGGAGACCGUUUGUAUCACAUGGUUCACCAUAGAGUACCUCCUACGGUUCGCCGCCUCGCCAAAUAAGUGGCAGUUUUUCAAGGGCGCCAUGAAUAUCAUCGACCUGCUGGCGAUCAUGCCGUUCUACGUGUCCCUGUUCCCCCUGGACUCUGACUCGUCCGAGUCAAAGUUCGACGACGUGCGGCGAGUAAUCGCCAUAUUCCGCAUCAUGCGAAUCCUGCGCAUCCUGAAGCUGGCGCGCCACUCGACUGGCCUUCAGAGUCUGGGCUUCACCCUCCGAAACUCCUACAAGGAGCUGGGUCUGCUGCUCAUGUUCCUCGCCAUCACCGUCCUCAUAUUCUCCAGCCUGGCCUACUUUGCCGAGAAGGACCACAACCCGGAGGACUACGGUAGCAUCCCGCACACGUUCUGGUGGGCCCUGAUCACUAUGACCACGGUGGGGUACGGGGACGCCUAUCCGAUCACCACGCUGGGAAAGGUGAUCGGCGCCGUGUGUGCCAUCUGCGGGGUGCUGGUCAUUGCCCUGCCCAUCCCCAUCAUCGUCAACAACUUCGCCGAGUUCUACAAGAGCCAGAUGAUGCGCGAGAAGGCCAUGAAGCGGCGCGAGGCGCUCGAGAAGGCCCGCCGAGAGGGCAGCAACAACAGUAUCAGCGACGUCAACCUGCGCGACGCCUUCGUCAAGCCCAUCGGCAUCGUGGACGUCAUGCUAGAUCCAGACGGUCGACUGCCAGACGAGGGAGCCACCAACAUCCACGUGGCCGAAAAUGACGAGAAGCGCUCGCCGCAGCUGAGCGCCAACCAGCUCAACACGAGGCCUGUCGGUGGUGGCGAGAUGUCGGCCGCGUCUCCCGGCACCACGCGGAAGGAGCACGGCACACCUGAGCGGCGACUGCACGGCGUGCACGCGCUCAACGCCAUCUCCCCGGCCGCGCUGACCGGCCGGGAGCCGACCGAAAACGGCGCGCGCCUCGCGCCGCUGCCGCUCACGCAGACCGAGACCUCUCAGUAACGCUCAAUAAUUCUCUUAGCUCAUCCACUGCUCAGGU